UGCAAAUCAAAUCUAAGGAACAGAAAUCAAAGCUAAGCAUUACUAUAUGGGGAAGCUAAUAACAAUCUCAAAACCUCUCAUUAUCCAAUCAAAGCUCCUCUGUUUUUCCCUGUUCUACCUCUUCACAUCUCUGUUCCUUGCUCUUUACACUAUUUCCUUCCAAUCCAAAUGCCUCUUCAGAUCAUCCCCAUUUGAUCCCAUUCAAACCUCUCUCAUCAGUUAUCCUUCUUCCUAUGGAGAGCACAAGUAUGCUGUCUCAACCACACGCUCUUCCUGCUCUUCCCCUGUUUUAUUUUCAGAUUACCGGGAUGUUUUGAAAGAGAUAAAGAAUUUCCGCAAGAGCUCUACAUCUUCCACAAAGAUGUUGGGGUAUAUGCACGGGAAUGCUGAUAGUUUUGGUGGGAAUCUCAGCACCCACUUGAGAUUUUCUUAUUUUGAUCAUCAAAAUGAUAGCACAGAAGUUCCAUGUGGGUUUUUUAAAAAAUUUCCAAUUAGUGAUUCAGAUCGAAUUGCCAUGGAAAAGUGUAAAAAUGUAGUUGUUGUUUCAGCAAUCUUCAAUGACCAUGAUAAAAUCCGGCAACCGAAGGGCCUUGGAUCCAAAACAUUAGAAAAUGUGUGUUUCUUCAUAUUCAUAGAUGAUAUUACACUCAAACGGCUUGAGCAUCAUGAUUUGAUUUCCAGAAAAUCAAGUGAAUACAAGAUUGGUGUAUGGAGGGUUGUGAAGGUCUCAAAGGAGUAUUUGUAUCUGAACCCAGCAAUGAAUGGGGUUAUACCAAAAUAUUUAGUUCAUAGACUUUUCCCAAAUUCCCAAUUCAGUAUUUGGAUAGAUGCAAAGUUGAAGCUAAUGGUUGAUCCAUUGCUAUUGAUUCAUUCAUUAGUUAUAUCAGAGAAUGCAGAUAUGGCUAUAUCAAAACACCCAUUUUAUGUUCAUACCAUGGAAGAAGCAAUGGCAACUGCAAGGUGGAAGAAAUGGUGGGAUAUCAAUGCCUUGAAGAUGCAAAUGGAGACAUACUGUGAAAAUGGAUUGCAACCAUGGAAUCCUAGCAAGUUGCCUUAUGUCUCAGAUGUGCCAGACAGUGCUCUGAUCCUAAGGAAACAUGGACUGGGUAGUAAUCUCUUCUCAUGUCUUGUAUUCAAUGAGUUGGAGGCUUUUAACCCAAGAGACCAAUUGGCCUUUGCAUUUGUCAGAGACAACAUGAACCCCAAACUGAAGCUGAACAUGUUUGAGGUUGAAGUUUUUGAACAAGUAACAAUGGAAUUCAGACACAAUCUCGGGCUAAGUAAUGGGUCCACUGCUAAGAAAUUGUCAAGGACAGGAAAAACUAAAAGGGCAGAACCAAAUUUGAUGUAUGUAAAUGGUAGCUGUUGCAGCAAGUGCCAACAAUAUCUUUCCAUGAUGUGGGGUGAAUCUCAUUAAUGUUGCCCCAGAAGUAAAGAAAUGAUAAUAACCAUCUCAAAAGGGAGGCCAUAAAACAAUCAAAGAUAAAAUUGGAACAUCUAGGUUGGAUUUGUUUUUAAGACAAAAAAAAACUC